UUGGAUUUUUCCUCCACUAACACUUUUCUAUAUGGAUGUAGCACCACACAACGAAAUGGAGCUGAUCUAUCCUCCAUGACUGCCGCCUGGCUUCUUCCAAUUGUCACAUGUGUCGUUGCAGCAGCAUCAGGGGCCAUCGUGGCUGAUGUUCUACCAAAUCCACAACUGGCUCUCUGGACCAUCAUCUCAAGCUACAUUCUUUGGGGCAUUGGCGUUCCCCUGGCACUCAUGGUGAUAUGCAUCUACCUCCAGCGCCUAAUGUUCUAUAAGCAACCACCAAAAGCAAUGCUAGUGAGCGUAUUUCUUCCACUCGGUCCUUUAGGUCAAGGUGGAUUUGGUAUUCAAAGACUCGGCAAAAGUGCACAGACAGUCUUUCCUCAAACAAAUACUCUCAAUGCCUCUGCGGGUGAGAUGUUCUAUUGUAUGGGUUUCUUCAUUGGAAUCAUACUCUGGGCCUUUGCACUGGUGUGGUUGAUCUUCGCUGUCGCCACAUUGAUCAAAUCGAGGAGAUUCCCGUUCAAUCUGGGCUGGUGGGCGCUAACUUUUCCAUUGGGAGUGUUUUCUACCUGUACUUGUACCAUAGGUCUAGAUUUAUCCUCGCGCUUCUUCUCAGUACUUGGAACAGUAUUUUCUUUGAUUGUAGUGUUCCUAUGGCUCUUUGUCUCUUAUCACACUAGUCGUGGCAUUAUCCGGGGUGAUAUCUUCGUGGCGCCCUGUUUAAAGGAUCUUGAUAGGGUCCCAGAUCGGUUAGGGGCCGCUGUUUGA